AUGUCAUGGUCCGGAUUCAAGAAAGCAGUCAAUAGGGCGGGAGCUCAUGUGAUGAUGAAGACGGCAAAGCACUCGGAAGUGACUGUGGAUACGGAGUUUGACCACAAAGAGGAAAGUUUCAAGAAGUUUAACGGGUUGACUACAGAACUCGAACAAGAUAUGGCAAUGUUCGUUAAAAAUUUUGAACGAUUGAUCGAGGUUCAGCUCAAUAUCGUGAAGACGAUCGAUAGCUUCUACGGAGAUUAUUCGUUCCAGAUAGAGGGUGACAAGACUGCGAUAAUGGAGAGUGGUGUUGAGAGCGAAUCAGAGACUACAAAUCCGAGAGAUGGAAUUUCUCUCGAGUAUUUGAAGUUGCUUAACGAAAUUAAGGAACUGGUCCUACCCGAGUUGUUGGAACCAAUGCAAGUGACGGUGAUCGAUCCUGUGUCGGAUCUGAAGUCUUAUAAUGAGGAGAUUCAGCGUCUUAUAAGUAAAAGAGGCCGCAAAAAGUUCGACUACGAUGUAUUGAAGACAAAAUUCGAUAAACUACAGAGAGAGGUGGACGGGUUGGACUACAGCGUGAGAUCCGGCAAUUCAGCCGCUGAAGCUAAGCAGCAAUUGAUUAAGCAGGUGGAACGGUUGGAUGAAGUGAAACUUGACUUCACACAAGCGCAGUCAAUUUACGAGGAGCUGAAUGGUCGUUUGAAAAAUGAGCUCGAUCAGUAUCUUUCGUUAAGAUUCUCUCUUCUUGAUCCAACGUUUGAGAGUUUUAUAAAGAUCCAAACGAAGCUGUACGGAGAUCUUUACGAGAAAUUAACCUCCAACACAUUGAGUAUCGAUGGAAUGACCAUUGAGGAGUACAAUGCAGAAAAAAUUGAUGAUCGUCUUGACCAGAUUUUGGCAAAGAUGAAAGGAUUAGGACUACUUAACAUGGCUUGA